GAGUUUGAACACUGGCUUCUGAGAUAUAAGAUUGUUAAAGCUCUCUCGGUUUCCGAAGCUCCGAAAGCUCAGUGGUUUGUUCCUCAGUGGUGUUGUGUGAUAGUGCCGGACUAGGGAAAAAUUUGAGAUGAUGCUGCCAUACUUCAGAAAAAAAUAUAUACUGAUAUUUCUACACCUUCUUGUUUUAUCGAGUAGUGCCCAUAGGAAAGCGAAGAAAGCCAGAGAUUUAAAGAUAUCACCGCCGAAAUAUGAAAUAUACUCUAGUGAUAAGUUACCUAGUGAUGUACAAGUAACGAAGUAUCUGCUCAAGGAUCAACAAGAAACAUUCUCGUACUGGUCAACGUUGGUAAAUGGUACCUUAUCGAUUAGCAUAAUUCCUUGCACCUCAAUAAUCCAAUGGAGUUUCAAAUAUAUCGGCGAAAAUCCAAAAGCAGGUAGAUCAAACUAUGGAAUCGAUGAUGUUUCCACUGAUAACAUCACGAUGAAAAGUUUUUUUUCACAACAGGGUGCUUAUGAGUUGAAUCUAAAAGCGUUAAGAAAUGAUACAUAUGUUCAUAUUUACAUAAGCACUGAAAUUGGAGGUCCCCAAGCUUUGAGGUCAUCACAUGCUGACAAUUUGAGGUUACAUCACAAGGAGAGGAGAAAAAGUGCAUCACUGAAAUGGAACCAAAGUUUAGUAGAUCCGCAGUCCACAGAUUACUGCCUAGUCAUAAGUACAAAGAAACAGUUCAAUUCGUUAUGCUCAGCUCAAGCAUCUAGACUCGAACUUCCUCCUUCACAAAAUCAGAUAAAUCGAAGAGAAACUACAACUGAAAUACAAACAUUGAACAGAUGGAGAUCUAAGGAUAAGUACACCGAAGAGACAGAUCCAAUGAUUGCAUGUACAGGAAAGAAAACGCAAUACACCAUAUCGAAUCUUAAAGAAGGAAAAAUGUAUUAUUACAAUCUGUUCGCUAUUAACAAGCAAUCAAAUCUCACGUAUCCAUAUGGAUCAGUAAAUAAAGUCUUCAAAGGUCAAAUAAAGCCAGUUUCGCUGAAAAAUGGAUUUGGUCAAGCUGUUUUGAGGGGCUCUGAAGAAGAAGCCAUAUUCAGAUACAAGAUUGAUAAGAAGGCGGAAAAUGAUUUCAAUAUAUUUGUAAUACCUUGUGGAGGACCUGUAGACGUAAAAUUAUUGCUGAAGGGUGAACCUGUACUGAAUGCUAGAAAAAUAGAAAGUUUUCGAAAAUUGACAGUGAAAAACUCGAGUAGAGGUGCGAGAUACCAAAUUAAAGUAUUCACUAACAGCGGUGAAGAAUACAGAAAAACUUCAGGAGUUCAGAUUUACGCAUCCAAGAGAGCCAUAUCAAAGAUACCAAUGAUAACAGUACCAAAACUAGAAGAAUACGAAUCACUAAGGGAAUGUCAUAGUGUUACAGUUGGAUGGAUCUUGGUAUCUGAUCCAAAACCACUUCACUAUUGUGUGAAAGCCAAAGAAGGAAGACUGAAAGAAACAGAUAACUAUAGGAUUCCAAACCAAUGUGGAUUGGAUAGAAGGAGAAAGAAGUCGGAUGACUUUGAAACGAAAUAUUGUAUGAAUAUCAAACAAGUUGAAAUUGGGAAAGUCAACACCUACAAAAUAAGGGGACUUGAGUCAGGAAAAACUUACAUUAUACAAGUCACCGUCCAGAAACAAAGAGGAAAAACGUUGUCAUACGAAUUGCUCCAAGUGAACACUAAAAAAUGUUUCAAACGUCUGAAUUGAAGGAAUAUCUUAAAUUUCUUGAGAAUAUUUUUCCGAUCCAAUAUCUAAAACAGGGAUUUUUGUCUUGAUUUCAUUAUCAUAUAAUGAUUUUUUAUUUAUUUCAGUAUUUGAUAGUUCUUACUUAUUGUUUUGUACUUUUAUACUGUUAAGGAUUUACUAUUUAUGAAUAAAAUUUGUUUCAGUUAA